AUGGAGGAUGAGGUCAUCACCAACAACGCGCUGGCCUGGCUGGUGUGCUCGGGCGUGUCCAUCCUGGCCAACGCCUGGGGCAUCCUCAGCGUCAGCGCCAAGCAGAAGAAAUGGAAGCCGCUGGAGUUCCUCAUCUGCACGCUGGCCGGCACGCACAUCCUGAACAUGGGCAUCCCCAUCACCAUGUACGCGGUCAUUCAGCUGCGCCGGCAGCACUCCGCCUACGAGUGGAACGAGGGCCUCUGCAAGGUGUUCGUCUCCACCUUCUACACGCUGACGCUGGUCACCUGCUUCUCCGUCACCUCGCUCUCCUACCACCGCAUGUGGAUGGUGCGCUGGCCCGUCAACUACAGGUUGAGCAACACCAAGAAGCAGGCGGUGCACACGGUGAUGGGGAUCUGGAUGGUUUCCUUCAUCCUGUCCACGCUGCCGGCGGUGGGCUGGCACGACACCAACGAGCGCUUCUACACGCACGACUGCCGCUUCGUGGUGAAGGAGAUCGGGCUGGGCUUCGGCGUGUGCUUCCUGCUGCUGAUCAGCGGCAGCGUGGCCAUGGGCGUCAUCUGCAUCGGCAUCGCCCUCUUCCAGACCUUCUCCCUCCACACCGGCCACAACAUGGACAAGAACAAGUUCAACGUGCCCACCAUCGUGGUGGAGGACGCGCAGGGGAAGCGGCGCUCCUCCAUCGACGGCUCUGAGCCCGUCAAGACCUCGCUGCAGAUCACCUACCUGAUCAGCGGCAUCGUCUUCAUCUACGACUUCCUCACCGGAUUCCCCAUUCUGGUGGUGAGCUUUGCCAGUCUGAAGUACGAGAGCUCGUCGGGCUGGAUGGUGCUGUGUGUGCUGUGGUGCUCCAUCGCCCAGUCCAUCCUGCUGCCGCUCUUCCUGUGGGCCUGCGACCGCUACCGCGCCGACGUCAAGAUGGUGUGGGAGAAGUGCGUGGCCAUCAUGUCCAAUGACGACGUGGAUGAAGAAAACAGCCAGGAUGGCGGAAUUCAUCCGGACUUAAUAUAUGACAGACCAUAUGACUAUAGCAACGCUGGCGAUAUCAUGACGGUAGACCGUAUUGCCAAGUACGAAUUCUCAACCUUAGAAAGGGGGGUCCCCCAAGGUUAUCCAUUGAGGGAACUACAGGAAGAUAAAAUGCAGUAUUUGCAGGUGCCCCCUACAAGAAGAUACUCCCACGACGAAACAGACAUGUGGAGCACCGGUCAGAUCCCUUCCUACCUGCAUCGCUGGGGCUCCACGGAGGACAUCAUUGGGAUCUCUCACUACAGCUCUCCCCGGCAGGAGAGGAGGAGAGGCAGCUUGGUCUCCUACCACGAGGAGGGUGCACCCUACCGCAAGAGGAGGAAGUCGGAGGACAGCGUGCACUCCCUCCGUCAGCUUCCGCGGGGGGCGCAUCACGAGGAGGACUUUAAGUGCUUUAGCCGCGACGAGGUGAUCAACUUCAUCGACGAGACGCCGCUGCCCAGCCCCAUGCGGAGCCCGCGGCGCGCGUCGGCCGUCUCGCUGAUCCCCGACGUCUACGAGCAGCGCCUCGUCCUGUUCCCGCACUUCCCGCUCACCGACUUCGAGCGCGAGCCGCAGGCGCUCCGCCGCUGCCCCGAGGCCCCGCCCGCCCCGCCCGCCCCGCGCAAGGGCCGCGCGCCGGCGGAGCCGCCCGAGAACUGCCCCCGGCCGGGCAGCCGGGGGCCCCCGGCCGGGGAGGGCGGCUCCGGGACCUGCCCCGCGGGGCCGCGCGCGGCCGAACUGGCGCCCCCCGCCAGGGAGCACGCCGCCCACCGCUACAGGACAGGCCCGGGGGAGGGCGGCAGCUGGGCCGACCAAAAGAACCUGACUAAAGUGGAGAGCAAGGGAAGCACAAAUAGUUUUUUAAGCUCACCUUCGGCCUCCUCCGGAUAUAUCACCUUUCACUCAGAUUCUAUAGGCUCCGCCACCUAGAGGAGACCCGGAGCCUUCAUCCAUACGGCCAUUAUUAUUAUGAUUAUGAUUAUUAUUAUUAUUAUUGAAUCUGUGUGGAAUGUUCAUUAUUUUUUUAUGGGAACAAAAUAUCAUUUGAGACAAAAAUCCAUAUCUGGGGAGCGGUGCGGGCUGGGUGCAGACAUUUAUCAUUUGUUACAGACCUGUAUCACUGUCGUAGUUUCUCCCGUUCAUCUGGGACUGACGCUGGUAUUGUGGCUCUUUACAGGCUUCAUGUCGGCCCUCGUAUUUAAAAAUCGGCGUGGUGACGGUGGAGUGGGUCUGCUGUGCAGGGAAUAAAUGUUAACUGUACAUAGAGGAACGUUUCAAUGCUACACGAUAGCUUUUCUGAACAACUCCAACACAAGCUUUUUAUUUUAGUUCCCACUAAAAUAUUCCACUGCUUGGCUUAAUUGCUUUGUUUUCUCUUUAGUUAUCUUGUUGGUGGUUCUCUCUGUGUUAUUUUCUUGAAAAUUAAAAUUGUGAACAAGGUGGUCGGGAGGAACGCAGGUAUUUCAUUGCCUUUCCGCACAUGUUUCCACGUGUUUUAGAGACGACACCUUGUUUCCUACGUUUCUGUUUACGUUUGGAUUACUGAUUUGUCAGAUUCAACUUGAUGCUUCUCUUUAAGUCUUAUAAAUUAAUAUUUCAAAUAUGAGGAACAAGAAACACUGGAGAAUAAGGAGCCUACUUUUCAUCUGUUUAUUCCUAGAAAUUAACUGCCUUUUUAGCCAAGUGCUUAUAAGCACAUUUGUAUCGGAAUUUGUGUUAGCAAGCAAUGCAACAAAUAUGUUUCAUUAAUUCCUGGUCUAUGUUUCUGCCUCAACUUUCCUCCACUUUUAUUUACAUUCUCACCUUACUUUCACGCUGUAUCACACUGUUAAUCAGUGAUACUGAAUUCAGCACACGAAUAUAAAUGAAUGAUUAAAAAGUUGCAUUCUGAGUUACCUUCCAUCUGAUCCCUGUGAGGAUAUUCUUUCUCAUGUCUCUGGAAGAGCAUUCAUGUUCACGAGCCCAAAAAACAAACAGGUUAAAAAAGAAACUAUCUGGAAUGUUGUCUAAAUAUCCGCAGAGUUGCUCUUUCAGAUUUGUACAUAACAAUGACAGAUAAUAUUGGAUGUAUGAUAUGCUUGUGCUUUCUUUAUGGCGAAUGAUGAUUUACAUCAAGUCUCAAAAUAAUGUUUACCAUUCAUCAUAUCUCUGCAGAUGCACACGUAUGCAUGCAUGCGCACACUUUCACACACGUACGUACACUCAGUCAGCACUGCACUUUGUCCUCACGCCAGGCAAGGUGCACUUCCGUUUGUUUCUUACACGGUUUAUCCGAUAGAAGUCAAAUCACAAUCCUAGCUAGCAUAAUGUGUGCAACAGAUGACAACAGGAACACCUGCCACCAUUUUAAAACAAUGCUCCAAGAAAACAGAAUUGCAAAAAUGGAGGAUGGACUCAUGAAUUUCACUCAUGGGGAUUUUGUGGUUUCAAAAAUAGCCUAUGAGUGCAGGAGGCAGAAGUCACAUAUAAAGGAAUAGUAACAUUCCUCCCUACAGAAUUUUGUUCCGUGAAAAUACCUUCAGCCUAGAAUUCCUAGUGCUUAGUGUGGUUCUACACUUGAAUUCUAACCAACGUUUAAUUAUAUGUGUAUGAUUUCUGAAAAAUAAUUCUGUCUAUUGACUAUGACUAUUUGUGGACAGAGAAAUGAAUAAACGUUUGAAGUUUAUUGAAGUGGGAAGCAAAUGACUGGACUUGAGGUGUAAUCUUUUUGAUAGCCUUGCAUUGUGUAAGCAUUCCUUCCUUGGUCCCAUCUCUGCUAAAAACAACAUUUAGCAAAAUUACACUCAUUAGCUCAUUCUGUUGAAAAAGCUGUUCUGGAGUAAAGUUUAAUAGAAGAGAGAAUGUCUUGACGAUUGAUGAAUAUGAAUGAAAUGUACGUACAUGGUUUAUUAAUGCAUUGAUAAAAACACGUUAUACUCACAAAGACUAAGCUCAUCAGGCUGUUAUUGCUGUUGUUUGACACCCCAGAUUUGAAAUGCAAGUGAUUAACCUUUUUCUAUGUGGACAUUAAAACACACACAUAUUUACAAACUGAUUUUUUUUUGUUUUGUUUUGUUUUAUUUUUUUUUUAGUUUGUUUUACAGUAGUUCUCAGAAUAUACAUUUAUAACAUUCUUUUUAGAGCUACUAAUAACUGUCAAAUUAAUGGACAUUGUUUGGUGUCUAUGUUGUUCAAAUGAUGAUUUUGUUUCAAAAGGACUAAGAAGCUAUUCAGAAUAUAAAUAAAAAUGGAUGAAACCCAUGCCAUUUGUUUAAAAUUGUUCUAUGUGUAUUUUGCAUUUGUAAAAAAUGAAUAAAAAGUGAUUAUUCCUUGUUGAUGUUUUGCAGAAGUGCGGAAUGAAUUGGACACUGAUAUUGUUUAAGGGGUACAUUCACCGCUCAGUUUUAUUGAUGUUUUCCACUUUUUUGAAAUAAUUUAAGGCUAUAAUCUGUAAGGAGCAGAAAGAAAUAAAGCAAAUAUUUCAAGACAAAUUCA